AUGAUAAGACAUAUUUCCGUGGCUUGCCUUGUGCUUGUUCAGCUUGGAAUAUCGGGACGCAGAACACACGCGAGAAUAAUAGGCCUCAAAGAUUUCCAAAAGUUUCCCCAUAGGGGGGAAGAUUUUGAACCAGACAUCCAAAUUAAUGCGAGGUUGCCUAAUGAUCACAUAUCUGUUGCCGUUGGAGAUGCUGCUCCUCCGUCUCACAACGGUGUAGUAUUUGACGAAGGGGGAAUUGUAGUCAAUAUUAUAAACUCAGGAGACGGAUCAGAAGCGCAAGCACACGCGCCGAAACCCGUUCCGGCAGCACCACAAGCACAAGCUCUAGCACCCAUCGAAUUUCAGGGCGUGGCAGGCAUUUCAAUUCCAGUUAAACCUGUCGGACACACUCCAUCUCCCAUACCGUUUCAAUUUGAGGCAGGAUCUUCGGCCGUUUUGACACCCCAGGCUUCGCCGAAACCUCCCACUCAAAAUGGGCCAUAUGCCGUCCCAAAUACUCACCUCCAACAACCAGGCCUUGCCCCCGAUGCCUGCGAUUGUCAAUGUCUCUGUCCUUUUCAUUUUUUCGACACUCCUGCUGUGAAUUUGGCAGCGUCAAUGCCUUUUGGAAGUGAGACGUCGCCAACAACCUUGGCCACGGUUGCUUCUCCAGCGUUUCCCGCAUCUUCAAUUUUGAACACGACUACCGCCGGGUCAUUAUUCCCCUCUGAGAUUGGUGUGGUAACCGACAUUACCGUCACACCUACCCUUUCAGACGUUCAAGUUUUUGCCACACCCGCUCCGGAUCAGUCAUUUUUGUCUUCCGAGUCAGACGUUCAAACUUCCAGCAUUGAUGCUUCUGGUUUGCCACCAGUAGUUCUCCCAGAACCAUCUGAGGAUGUUGUAGUUGUCACCACUAAUUUACCUGUGGCUUCUGAAGGCGAUACAACACCCAGCGAAGGUGAUUUUGCAACACCCAACCAAUCUCCCACUGCCGUACCGACAGAACCAGCGAUGACAAGUGCAGACGCUGUGCAACCACCAGCCGCAGAGGCGGACGUUACACAACCAGCGACAACAGAGGCGACGGCAACAACGGAAGUUCCACCAACGGUAACUGACGCAGACUUUACCCAGGAACUAGCAGAGGAUGCGAAUGACAGUGCUACCGCUACCACACCAGAAGCAGCAGAAACAAACGCUGUUUCAGCCCAACCUGCAACGCCAGAACCACCAGAGGAAACUCCUGCUCCAGAUCCGGCUGUAGAUGUGCCUAUUGAUGUUGGCACCAUGGCACUUUAUAGCGCUCUGACUUUGAGACUUGGAGCGUAG